AUGAGCGUGAAGUCCUCCAUUGCAGCUUCCCAUACUUACUCUACCGACAUGGAGGAAUCCAAGUUCCUAGUUCGCAAUCGAUCGCUUCAUGUUGCUCGAAUUGCCCUAUCGUCUCUGUUAUUUAUCUUUGCCCUCGCAGUCCUUGUUUGCGAGGCCGUGCCAUACCGACAUUAUAAGGAUACAGUUGAUGCUGAGAGUUCUGGCCUUGCUCUUUGGCCGAAUAAUUUCGAUACCCGACCCACAAUUGCUGCGCUAUCUUGUGGGUGCGUGAUUGCAGCUUUGAACUUGGUAUAUGUUGUGAUUGCGGUGAUUCCCUCACCCCACCCUCGUAUCAGACUGCUUAACUCCUGUGCAUUGGCAUCUGCAUUCUCUGGCUUCCUGACGGCGCUAGUCGGCAUUGUUUUUAUGAUCUACCGUCCCUCCGCCACCUACCCAAGUGGCUACAGCCAGAAUGAAACCUUGCAUAGCUGGACGUGCAAAUGGAGUCGAGCGGGGGACAAAGCCCCAACCCAUUUCAAUCGAGACUGUCAUGAUACUCGUGCUGGAUUUUCUCUUUUAUGUGUACUGCUGGGUCUAGAGAUCUUCAUGGGUGUGGCUGCUAUUGCCAGUACCUGGUUCCAACGAGGUGUAUCUCGUCGACGGGAGGAGCAGUAUGCACUGGACAAGUUGGAAAUCAUGACAAAGGAAUCAUACCGGGAGCAGUGA